AGUUCGAACGAUCGAUGACGUCAUUAGCAGGCAUGGCGGAGUUGGAAGGCUUUUUGACGUCAAACUGACUGUCGGGGAGGAAGUGAAGGCUUUUGGACUUUGUGUUAAUGGACAAGCGGAGAUCUAUAGGACUUUAGUCGGACUGGAAGCCGGAUGGCGUCCACUCAGGCCCGUUUCGGCCAGCUGGCCUUAGCGGUCCUGGACGUGGCUCUAAGAGUUCCGUGUGUCUUUAUUAUUGACGUCAUUAACUCGUACUGGGACCCUAAUUCCGGAUGGGCCGGGACCGUAGGAAAGGUUCUGUUCAGAGUUCUGGGUGUCCUCGUCUCCAGUGUGGUGCUGCUGCUCUCCCAGAAGGCCUUGUUCAAAUUCUACACCCUAUUCUUUGCUGUUCUUCUCAGCACGGCAGUCAUCCUCAUCAACUACUACACCACCUCCCACGUAGACUUCUACCUGGCCUACCACAAAUCAGUGCUGGGCUUCAGGUUGCCGCCCAAGAGUGGGCCCACGCUGUGGCUGGGCGUGGCUGGCAUCCAGCUCAUCUUCUGCGUGGGUUACGUGUUUUUGCUCAACCUUCAUUCUGUGUUUGCGGCGCUGGUGGUGCUGGACGUCAUGGUCCCCCUGUGGGGGCUGAUGAUCGAGCUGCCCGCUGACGUCCGGCAGGUGUUGGCUGUGUUCUCAGGCCUGGUCUUGGCCCUGAACACGCUAGUCUGCCUGGCCUUGAGAAUCAAAUGGUUCUACUACUCGUGCCGGUACGUCUACCUGCUCAUCCGGCACAUGUAUCGGAUCUACGGACUUCAGCUGCUGCUGGAGGACACAUGGAAGAGGAUUCGCUUCCCCGACGUUCUGCGGGUGUUCUGGCUGACUCGGAUUGUGGCGCAGGCGCUGAUCCUGGUCUACGUGGUGCAGGCAGUGAGAAGAGAGAGCGGUGACCCCAUUGGUGGCGCAGCUGAUGGGAGCAUCAAUUCAAAGGGUUACUUCUUGAGCUGGGAUGUGUUGUGGGAUUUGACAAGUAACCUGAUCAUCUCUGGCUGCGACUCCACGCUCACAGUGCUGGGAAUGAGUGCCGUCAUCUCCUCUGUGGCGCACUACCUGGGCCUCUGCAUCCUGGCCUUCAUAGGGUCCACGGAGGAGGAGGACAAACAUUUAGGCUUUGUGGCUCCUGUUCUGUUCUUCAUCUUGGCGCUGCAGACAGGCCUCAGCAGUCUGGGUCCCGAGGAGCGUCUGGUCCACCUGAGUCGGAACAUGUGCCUUCUGCUGACGGCCAUCCUGCACUUCAUCCACGGCAUGACCGACCCCGUUCUCAUGUCCCUGAGUGCUUCGCACAUCUCCUCCUUCCGCCGCCAUUUCCCCGUCCUGCUGGUGUCGCUGAUGCUGGUCGUGCUCUCCGUGGUGCUCACCUACAUCCUUUGGCACUACUAUGCCCUCAAUACCUGGCUGUUUUCGGUCACCGCCUUCUGCGUGGAGCUCUGCCUCAAGGUGGUGGUGUCGCUGACCGUCUACGUCCUGUUCAUCGUCGACGGCCUUUCCAGCGUGCUGUGGGAGAAGCUGGAUGAUUACGUCUACUAUGUGCGCUCCACAGGCAACGUCAUCGAGUUCCUCUUUGGCGUCAUCAUGCUGGGUAACGGCGCCUACAUCGUUAUGUUUGAGUCCGACAGCAAGAUCCGCGCCUGCAUGAUGUGCCUGCACGCCUACUUCAACAUCUACUUGCAGGCCAAGAACGGCUGGAAGAUCUUCAUCAACCGCCGCAUUGCCGUCAAGAAGAUGAACUCCCUGCCGGAGGUACGCGGCGACCAGCUGAGGGACAUUGAGGAUGUGUGCGCCAUCUGCUACCAGGAGUUCUCCACUGCGGCGCGCGUCACGCCGUGCCAUCACUACUUCCACGCUCUGUGCCUCAGGAAGUGGCUCUACAUCCAGGACACGUGUCCCAUGUGUCACCAGAGAGUUUACGUCGAGGACGAAAGCCGAGACCGAGCGGCCUUCUCCAACAACAACGGGGGCUAUGCAGCACCGCAGGACGCCGCUGGCGCAGCCCCGCCGCCGCCAGGUGAAAACCAGCACCCGCAGCCCGCUGCCGAGCAGCAGGCCAUCGGCGAGGCCGAGACCAUUGGCGUGGCGGCCGCUGUAGGGUCAACGAACGAACAGGAGAACGACCUGCUGGAGGACAAUGACAGCAUCGAGUACGAUGAAGACGAGUGGGGGAGUCAAAAUGGUGUCACGCCAAUAGAUGAAGACUAUAUCAACGACUCAGACUCCACAGAGGACUGACGACGACUGAGCAAUAAACAGAAAUAUUUAAGUAAAAAAAAAAAUCAAUAAACCCAAUGUCAGCAUCUUAUUUUGAAAAUGUCAGGGAAAUAGUUUUUCCUUUUUUUUUUUCUUUUUUUUUUAAUUUUUGGGUUUUACUCUUGAAGGGCUUGUUCAAAGUAUGGCUGCUGCUUUUGUUCUGUGUGCGUGAUGAAGACCAAAAACAUUAACACUGUUCCACACACGAGUCAUGACACUUCUCCCCUAAAGCACUUAAAAAAAAAAAAAUCAGUUUAAAUUUUAAGACGAGUGAAGUGGCCCUUUAAAUUUUUAUUUAUUGUCUUUCCAUCUGUUGUUUUAAAUGUUGUCAAGAUGCCAUUUAAUGAGAAAACCCAUGCGUUUCUCAGUCUGCAAAAUCAAAAUCUGAGGUCAUGGGGUCAGGUAAUUCAGCAUUGCCCCCCCCCCCCCCCCCAAAAAAAAAAAAAAAAAAAAACUGAAUACAUUUUUGAAGGUAUUGUAGGAAAUCGGACCAGUUUCUAACUGGAUCUGCAUCUGUCAGAGGGAGUUUAAAAAAAAAAAAAAACACCUACCUUCUGUUGUAACGGUUGACGUUCCGUCAUUGUUUACUACCAGACCUGUAUGUGACCUUGCUGACCUUUGAGUUUUUCUUUAAUAGCGUGUUUUUUUUUUUUUGUUGUUUUUUUUUGCCGUUUCCCAUUAAAAUACCGAGGAAAAUUUAUGAUUUUCUCGGUGCGAGCACGUUUAAAAAAAAAAAAGUCAAGUUACUGAUUUAAAGUCAUACAUGUUGAAGCCCGGAAUGUUUGUGUCGAUUCUCAGAGUAAUUGUCACUUAAUUUUGCCGAUUAUUGUUAUAUAUGUGUUAUAUAGGUACUGAAUGAGCACUGAAAUGCACAUUUGUUUUAUUUGUAAACACUGGUACCAGGAGGAGGUUCUUGUUCUGUCCACUGCAGGACGGCUAACCAGGGCCGUGCCUUCCUGAAAGCUGAGUUUUUAUUUCUUUGGUUUUCCGUCUCAGGGUCCCUCUGCAGGUCUGGAUGUGGACUUUUCCUUUUUGCUGAAGAAUUCCGAUGCCUUACGGAGCAGCACAGGCACAUCCUGCUGCAGCACGACGAACCGUGUGUGUGAAUUUUUUAAUGGUUCAUCGGCAGCAGGCGUCCCACAGAGCGCUGAUCCAGGCACAAAAAUAAGAAGGCGUCAAACCCUGGACUCUGGGUUUUUUGGAGUUUGUGUUCAGCUUUCAAGCACAAUUCCUCGGAGUGUUAAGUUUGGACUUCCACAGCCUGACAGUCUUACGUUAGUGUUGUAACUGUUGGUUGCAGGAGCUUAAAGAAAAAAAAACCUGCACAGGUUCUAGCUAACAAUGAGAAAGAGCGGGGGUCUGAUUUUGUUUAUUCAAAGCUGCUUUUUCAGCCAUGAAGGAUUGUAAUGAUCUGGAUGAUUAUUGUAGAAGCUUUUUUUAAACUGUAAACGCUGCUCAUUUUUGGCCUUUUGGUUUAAAGAGAGAUUUAUGUGAAUAAAGAUGUCUUUCAUAUU